AUGUUUCGGCGAUUCUUUAGCGCCCAAAAACAGUUGGAACGUCAUGUAGAUAUUGCUAUUGUGGGCGGUGGACCAGUGGGAAAUGCGCUUGCGGUCUCUUUGUGUAAGAUCAGUUAUAAUCUUUAUUUAUUUUUAAUUCAGCAAAAAGCGAAUGGCUGAAGAACAAGAAAAUAGUUGUACUGGAAGCAGGACAGCCUCAGAGACUUGGAUCACCACCACCAGUGUACAGUAACAGAGUAUUUGCAUGUAAUGCCGCCUCAGUGAAUAUGUUUAAAGGUAAAAAAGUAAAACUGAUGCCUGAAAUCUUUUUUGUAAUCUAGAACUGGGCAUCUGGCAAACUUUGAAAGACUACAGAGUGAAGGAAGUUGGUGGAUUGUACGUUUUGGAUGCUUGUUCCCGAUCAAAGGUUCAGUUUGAUCCUCGAAUUGGGACAAAUAAUGUUAGCCAUCUGAUAGAAGACGAGGCUAUAACCCAAGCGUUGUAUGGCAAGAUUGUGGACGAUUGUUCUAACGUCGAUUUCUUGACCAAAGUCAGAGUUAUGGGUUGCAGGCAGGUUACUUCAUAUAAUUUUAUUUGGUUUUAGUCUUCCCCGUGAUCUCAAGGAUCCCGCUAAAAUCAAAUUGGCGGAUGGAAGUGUAAUCAAGGCGCUUCUUGUUGUACGUGCAUGUUUACAGACACUUAUUUAUUUAGGUUGGAGCUGAUGGAGCUCGAAGUGGUAUCAGAUCAGCGAUGGAAGUAGAGACAACUGCAUUUGAUUAUGAUCAGAUGGCCAUCGUUUGCACAUUAGAAGUUGCCUGUGUAAAUACUAAUUGUAAAUAUUGUAUUGUUUAGAAUGGCGAAAACGUCAUAGCUUGGCAAAGGUUCACUCCAUUAGGGCCUAUCGCACUGCUACCCCUCACAAAUUCGCUCUCUUCCCUUGUUUGGACAUCUAAAACAGCUGAUGCCAAGAGAUUAUUAAGUCUGGGACCCGACGAGUUCGUCGAGGAAUUGAAUCAUUAUUUGGUAAGUGGUUCUGAUGGUUUUAUUUGUUUUUUAGUUUACUAAUAAUCAACAAAGUGACCUUGCCAAUAAUGCAUUAAAUCUAAUGGAUAAGGCUGCACAAUUCUUAAAAUUCGGAUGCCCUGAGGAGUUAAAGACUCCCCCAACUGUUACCAAACUGUUGGUGGAUUCUCGUGCUUCAUUUCCUCUUGGGUUUUCACAUUCACACACUUAUGUCAAGCCAAGGGCAGCAUUAAUUGGGUAUGAUUUAUAUAAUUUUACUGUUUAUUUAAUGUUUUAGGGAUGCUGCUCAUCGGGUUCAUCCGUUAGCUGGUCAAGGAGUAAAUCUGGGAUGGUCAGAUGUCAAAUUACUAACAAAAACGUUAGAGAAUGCAGUAAAAGAAGGGUCAGACAUCGGUUCGUUGACUUAUCUGGCUGACUAUGACACUAAAAGUCAGCGACAUAAUCUCCCAGUUAUGGUCUCUGUAGAUUGGCUGAACAGGUUAUACAGGACAUCGUUUGCUCCCUUAGUUUUGGCCAGGUCUCUGGGAUUACAUUUUGUUGACAAGGUUGGACCUUUGAAGGUAAGAUUACUAUUAUUUUCAUUACUUAUCUUUUUUUAGGACUUCAUUGUUUCCCACGCAUCCCAUUGA